AUGGCCAUGCCCACCCUCGCCAGCACCGAGAGUGUGUUGGAGGGAUGGGCUGUAAACCCAAUGCUGCCUCAAGGUACACUUGAUGAAAACCCCGAUCUGUCCACAAGUUUGGGUGUACACGAGUAGGUCUACGCAUCAGCGAUCGUGGCAUCAUUGAGGGCACCCCCGGCAUAGCGGCGCCCCUGCGGACGUACGUAUCUGUGCAGGCAGCCGGGGAAACACCGAUGGACAGCCAUGUGUCUGUGUGUGUGUGUGUGUCUCUUAGGUACACUGUGUCCGCAUACAACACUGAGGGCUCCACCAACACAAGCGUGUCUCUCUUCGUCGGAUGCCCUGCUGGUAUGUAUCCCUGCACCACACAUACGCAUACAUCCUCGCAAGCGCAUUUGUGUGUUCGAUGGUGUGUUUGGUGCAGGGAUGCGUGUGUCGGUCAGCGGCACAUCGUGUGUGCCCUGCCCUCGCGGUGAAUACAGACUGCAGACGAGCAGCGACCUCGACGGUGCCCACACCGCCACACCGCAAACACACUAGUCGAGCACACCCCAUUGCAUGGCAUGGCAUGGAUGUACAGGUCUAUACAACUGCACGCCGUGUGCGGCUAACCGCUCGACAGAGACGGAAGGCGCGCAAUCACAGAGAGAGGUCGGUGUCUUGGAGACAUGUGUAUGCGUCGAGUCGUUUGGCAUUUCUGUGUGUGUAUUUCCCCUCCCACUGAAAUGCAGUGCAAGUGUGACGCGGGGUACCAGCUGCUGACGGACGAUCGGUGUGAGAUGUGCCCAAAGGUACAUCGCACACCCAGAUAUCAGCCUCAAUACACACACAUACACAUGUCUGCAGGGCUUGUACAAGUCCUCUGUGAGCGACAGCGCCUGUGGCUCAUGCGGCGCAUUCAGGUAGCCAUCCGCCCACCCGCCCACAUGGAGACGGACACACAGGGCGUUCAUCUUCUGUCUCCCUCACUGUGUGUUCAUUUAGGACGACACACGCACCUGGCGCGUCGAGCGAGUCGAUGUGCGUAUGUGUGAGCGGAUAUUUCUUCGAUAAAGACGGCAACAACGACACAUGCAUCAGGUGGACACACAUCUGCAUACACACUCCCGGAAUCAAGCGGCGUUCUCUUUCCAUGUGAAUGCACAGGUGCACCCCCGGCUUCUACUGCCCUGAGGGCGACGACCGUCUGCGUUGUCCCACCAACAUGACGAUCAAGAGCGCUGGGGCGCGGGGGCGGGACGAAUGUGUGAGGGAUGCACAGAGAGACAGAGUUUAUUCCACACACAUAGAGAUGCGGCAUGUAUCAAAUCAAAUCUGUCUAUGUGUAUGCAGGUGUGCGCGAAAGGGUACGCCAUCGACACCCACACAGACACAGACACAGACACGGACGCAUGCACGCCGUGUCCAGUCGGCUUCUACAAGACACAAGCUGGUGUGCACAGCCCCCUCUCCCCCCCUCUGUCGACCAACUCAUGCGGGCGUGUAUCUGUCUCUGUGUGGCUCUCCAGGCAACACGAGCUGUACGCCGUGCACGAGUGA